CCCUGUCAGCACGCAUGACAAAGGCCGACUGCCGCAAACCUUCCGACACUGUUCGAUAUUCGAGUUUUUAUUUUUAAUUAAUUUAAAUUUGACAGAACUUCACUGAAUUUAAUUUAAAGUGUAAAUGCUUGUGAUUUUAGUGAAAUAUGUAGUGGUGUGUUGUGAAAGUGACUAAAAUGUGUUUCGGGUUAUGGACAACCACGACUUUGUUAACAGAUAAUUCUCCAAUCAGACAUAAUAAGACUUUAAGGGGAGCAAAAUUAACAAGGUGCAGGAUGUUGGUGCAACGGUGGUAGAGGUCGGGAGGGCGGCGGGAGGGGCUCGCGCGCGCCCGUCCGCCGGCCGCCUGCCUCCUCCGGCCACGCGCUACUAUGCUGAUGGCAAGCGCCCUGUCCACUCUCCUCGCGGUGCUGUGUGGAGCGAUGGCGGGCGCGGGCGCAAGCGAGGUGUCGGCCAACGCGAGCCGGGUGCGACGGGCGCCACUCACGCACCACGCGCACCGACUUAUGACGGAGGAAGAAAUGGACGCGACCGCAUCUUGGAAGCGUUCCCACUGGCGCGAGAUGCAGUCAAUACUACGACGAGAGGGCUCCCAAAAGGAGGUCGUCGAGUGCUGCCCCUCAGUCCUAGAAAUGGUCGCGAAGAAAGGCGGCCGAACCCCCACCGGUCUCUACGUAGAACUCUACGAGGACGGUGAGAACAAACAGAGGCUCUACGAGCUCUCCUGCGCACCGGAUGUUGUAGACAAACCCUGCAGAUUCGUAGACGCACGCCUCUUCAACCAAUCGAGAUGUGUGCAGAAGUAUUCAUACUCCUACGCACUAGUGAGGUAUUCUUCAGCUACCGAGAUGCCGCUGCGACAUCGGCCGGAAGGACAUUUCUCUGUCCCCGGUUCCGGCGGCUGGUCCAUGGACUAUGUGAUAGUUAGAGCCGGCUGCGAGUGUCAAAUCACUCCGCCUAAACGCAAGAGUGCGCACCGGAAACGAUUGGAGAGGCAUCGCCGGAAAAGGAAACGACUGGAGGAUGACGAUGACACUUGAUGUGUGUGUUGUGUUUACCAGUGGACUUAAUAAAUUGCGGUAUUUCCGAUUUAGUUUAAGAUUAGUUGAUUUGUCGUGAUCUACGUUUUUCAGCCCUUUGGAUAACUUAAUAAAAUUGUAGCUCGCUCACGCCCUUAUAUUCUCUAUCUAGCUUCUGAAAGCGUAAGGAACAACUGUUUUGAUCUAUUUUCUAAGUCUUUUUAGGCACUAGCGGCAUGCACGUUGUAGGUACGUAAUGGGGGAUGGAGCAGGGAUCACGGCAUAUCAACGAAAAUGUUACCGAUGCCAUCAAGUCAGAUGUAAGCUUGGUUGUUUUGACAAUCGGUACACGUAUUAAUCUAUGUAUUUAUUAUUAAUAGUCUAUUUAAUUACGCUUCUUGAUGUAGUCUCGUCAAAUUUGUAAUAUAAAGUGCCUUGUUUUGUGCCUUAUUGUAAUAUGCCAACAAUUAAAAUUUAGGACUUUGAACGAUUUCGAAAAUAAACCAUUCAAUAAGCUAUUUUUGAUCAAAAACUACGUAAGAAAAUACCUCAUUAAGGCGCAAAGAGAUUGAUUGGACUUGUGAAUCGAACUUUAACGCGUUUUCAAUAAAACAUAAUUGGCUGAGGUCCUAAUAUCACUGAUUUGAAUGCUCUCUUAAGUUUUUAAGAAUAUUUAUUAAAUUACUUUUUUUGUACGCAAUACGUUGUACUUCCCACGUAGUUUAAGUGCGUCCAGUCAAAGAUCUGUAUUAUUUUCUAUUUUGUAAUACUUUUAUUGUAUUUAAAAUUAGCAUAAGUUUCAUACAUUUAUUUAUAUUGUGUUAUAAAUACGAGGUAUUCCGACGUGUAACUGUGUAAAAUGGCUUCCACAUUAUGUAUUAUACACAAUUAAUUUUAAUAUUGCAGUAGUAUUGUGGACUGAGAUUAUAUUUGUGCAUUUAAA